UCCCCGGCCUCGCGGAGGCGGUGGCGGCGGCGGCGGCGGCGUCUGCUCCGGGCAGCGGCGGCGGCGCGAGCGGCCAUGGAGGCGGGCGCCGGGGCCGGCGCGGGCGCCGCGGGCUGGAGCUGCCCGGGCCCAGGACCCACAGUGACCACUUCAGGCUCCUACGAGGUGUCAGAGGGUUGUGAGAGGAAGAAAGGCCAACGCUGGGGGUCCCUGGAACGGCGGGGGAUGCAAGCUAUGGAGGGGGAAGUGUUACUCCCAGCUCUCUAUGAGGAGGAAGAGGAGGAGGAAGAAGAGGAAGAAGAGGUGGAAGAAGAGGAUGAUCAAGUGCAGAAAGGUGGCAGCGUGGGCUCCCUGUCGGUUGGCAAGCACCGGGGCCUGAGCCUCACGGAGACGGAGCUGGAGGAGCUGAGGGCUCAGGUGCUGCAGCUGGUGGCAGAGCUGGAGGAGACCCGGGAACUGGCAGGGCAGCAUGAGGACGACUCGCUGGAGCUGCAGGGGCUCCUGGAGGAUGAGCGGCUGGCCAGCGCCCAGCAGGCAGAGGUGUUCACCAAGCAGAUUCAGCAGCUCCAAGGUGAGCUGCGGUCUCUACGAGAGGAGAUUUCCCUGUUAGAGCGUGAAAAAGAAUGUGAACUUAAGGAAAUAGAACAGGAGUUGCAUUUGGCCCAGGCUGAGAUCCAGAAUCUGCGGCAAGCAGCGGAGGACUCUGCGACUGAACAUGAGAGUGACAUAGCCUCCCUGCAGGAGGAUCUCUGCCGGAUGCAGAAUGAACUCGAGGACAUGGAGCGCAUCCGAGGAGAGUAUGAGAUGGAGAUCACCUCCCUCCGUGCAGAAAUAGAAAUGAAGAGCUCUGACCCAUCCAAUAGUUUAAGUCUCUCAGAUUUCUCUGAGAUGCAAGAAGAGUUGCAGCAACUGCGGGACCGCUGCCGCUUCCUGAACAAGGAGUACCAGGCCCUUCAGGAGAGCAACAGCAGCCUCACGGGCCAGCUUGCGGAUCUGGAGAGUGAGAGGACACGAAGAGCAACAGAAAGGUGGCUGGAGUCCCAAGCACUACGGAAUAUGAAGUCAGCAGAGUCUCAGACUUCAGAAGAGGAUUUCCUGGAGCCUGAUCCUGAAAUGCAUUUGUUGCGACAGCAGCUGCUGGGAGCUGAGGAGCAGAUGCGUGACAUGCAGAACAAGUGUGAGAAAUUGAGUUGUGAGUUGCAAGAGCUACAGCAUCAUCGCCGGACCAGUGAGGAGGAGCAGAGGCGGCUGCAGAGGGAGCUCAAGUGUGCACAAAAUGAGGUGCUUCGGUUUCAGACUUCCCACAGUGUCACCCAGUGUGACGCACUGCUCUUCAGACUGACAGAAUUGCAGGAGAGGUACAAGGCCAGCCAGAAGGAGAUGGCGCAGCUGCAAAUGGAGCAGUGCGAGCUCCUGGAGAGGCAGAGGAGGAUGCAGGAGGAGCAGGGCCAGCUGCACGAAGAGCUGCACAGGCUCACGUUCCCGCUCCCCAGAUCUGGUCUCUUCCACAAGAGUCAGGAGCUCCUUACAAAGUUACAAGACCUGUGUGAACUACAGAUGCUCUACCAAGGCAUGCAGGAGGAGCAGAAAAAACUGAUACAGAAUCAAGAAAGUAUGUUAAAAGAACAAUUAGAACUGCACGGAGCGCUGCAACGUUUCAAGGAGUCUGAUUUCCGGGAAGUGUUGGAGAAUCCGAAGGAUUCCAAAUGGCCUAAGUCCUCAAAAUGUGGUCAUAACAAGUCCAAGAUGAUCAUCGCCCAGAUGCAGGCUCUGCAGGAGCUGUACGAGGCCAGUCAGACCGAGCAGGAGCUGCUGCAGCAGGAGCAGGAGCGGCUUCUAGAGGAGCGGAAGAGGCUGCAGGCCGACUUGCAGCUCUGCCUGGAAGAAAUGCAGAUGCUCCAAGUCCAGUCCCCUUCUGUGAAAGUGAGCCUUGAGUCCUACAAGAAGAGUUAUGGGAGCACGACCACCAGCAACGAGGACUGUCGCAGAGGUUGCAACAUUGAUGACAACGAGAGCUAUCACAAGAGUUACAACAGCAGCCAGGCCAGCGAAGGGAGCCUCCUCAAGAGCUGUGACAGUAGCACCAGUACCAGGGAGUUCUAUGGGAGGAGUUAUCGCAGCAGCAGCAUUGCCUGUAAGAGGAGUUACGGCUCCAGCAGUAGCUCUGACACCUGUCACAAGAGUUACGUCAGCAGCAGCAUGGACGACGAACUUGCCGAGCCUGAAGAUAUGGAGCACUUUGAGGACACGGUUGCCAAGGUGUUGAUCAAGCUGCAGGGAGUGCAGGCCAUGUACCAGCUCAGCCAGGAGGAGCACGACCUGCUGCAGCAGCGGAUGAGAAACCUGCUAGACAAGCAGAAAGGGCUGAAGGAAGAGCUGGAUGCCUGCGAGAAGGAAUUCAAGGAGUGCGUGGAAUGCCUCGAGAAGACCGCUGCCUCCCAAAAUGAGGAGCACGAGGUAACUGCUUUCAGGGAGGCAGGGUUUCAGAUCAAAGAACUGCAGGCCAAGCUGCGGGAGCUGCAGCUACAGUACCAGGCUAGCGUGGAUGAGCAGGGGCGGCUCCUGGCCGUGCAGGAGCAGCUGGAGGGGCAGCUGCAGUGCUGCCAGGAAGAGCUUCACCAGCUCAAAGAGGAGAGGUCCUCUGUUACCAAAGAAACCAAGGGAACGAAUGGCAAUCAGAACAUGAACGAGAAUGCCAGUGGGGUUAAAAGUAAAAACGUGGCCAAGCCAAGCCUGGAGAGUUCUGAGGUCAGCUUUGAGACCAGAAAGAGUCUGGAGGUGGUGCUGUACUACCAGGCCAGCCACAUGGCCUUGGACGAUCAAACGAAAGAGGAAAUAGAAGAGGAAACGAAGGAGGCAAUUGAGGACGAAACAAAGGAGUCCUGGGAUGAACUAGUUUCUGAGCCAUCAGGUCCUAGAGAGGUUAAAUUCAAAGAAGAUCAGGAGGAGGCAUAUGAAGAGUUCCACAGCCAGGAGGGUAAGGAAGAAGAAGACAACCAAGAGGAGGAGGAGAGUGAAGCUUCAGAGGGAAGCAACCCCCUCAAGCUUUCUGAGAGCAAAAAGGCCUGGUGGUCAUAUCGGCUUUGCUCUGGUGCUGGUGGGCCGAGACGUCGUCCUAACGCAGAACAUGUUUGGGAUGUGGAAGCCUAUGGUGUUCUUGGCUCUUGCAGCUGUGGCUCUGUAUGUGUUACCCAACAUGCGACCGCAGGAGACAGAGUUCUGCCUCAUGGAGUGAUGGCAGGCCUGGGCCAGCCGAGGGGGCAGAUCCGCAGUGGCCACUACCCUCAGCUUUGGGCAGGACACACUGUGCCAGAGCCCCCACCCCACCCGUAUGUUCCAUGUGUCCCCAUCUCCUUAGCCUCAGCCACUCAGGCCGGAAAGGCUUGUUGUGGGGAACUGCUGGCUCCCAUCUCCUGCCUCGUGUAAGAACCUGGGUUCCUUGUAAUUAAAUAUCAGCUGAAUCA